UGGAUAGGAAACAGCCAUUGUUACAAAUGGAUCAAAUAGACAGGAUUUCAGAUGUUGUUUACGUGGCCAUGUGUGAUAUAGUGGGAACGCCUACAUUAGUGGCCAUAAGAAGAGAAGUGCCUGAUAUUGCUGAGAUUAUAAGGACACCAACAGAAGAAAGUAUGGGAGAGAGAAUUCGUCUCGGUGGAAGUCGUAGAGAAGGGUUUGGUUCGGUUGCAUCAGAUGUGGACUGUAUGCGCUGGAGGACGGACCAUCAUGUUAUAUGUGAAUUAAAUCACGCAAAUAAAUACCACUCAGAAAAAUGUACUUUGAUUUUAAUGGAGUGCUCCAAAGAAAGCCCUGGACAUACUAUGUUGCAGCUACUGACUCCCACAAAUAAUGAUUCUGUAAGACAAUCUUGUAUUAGAAUAUGUGAUGGAUUAUACAUAUCAAGUGCACUAUACAGAGAAAAUACGAUGGCUUUAUUUAGGCAUAACUCUACUCAGCAUGGACCUUGUGCAAGUGGAAAGGAUGGUGAGACGGAAUAUGAUAUUGCACAUUGUUUUGCAUGUAAACAAUGGCCUUCCAUUGCCACUUCUUUCACUCUUAGAUGCCAGUCUAAAAGGUGGCCACCAAAUCAUGUUUUGGGCGACAUCAUCACCUUGGGUUGUCAUGUUGUACCAAUAGGAUUGAAAGGAUCGCCAAAGGAAGAUUUUGAGUGGAGGAUUUCAUUCUCUCUAGCUGAACAGAAACUUAUUCAUUGUAUGAAUCACACACAGUUCAUGUGCUAUGGAUUGUUGAAAGUAUUUCUAAAAGAGGUUCUAACCGUGGAAGAUACAAGUGGAAAACCCCUUCUUUGUUCAUAUUUUAUGAAAACAAUUCUAUUCUGGGUUAUUCAAAAUAAUACAGUUAAAGACUGGAGCCCAUCAAGUCUGUUGUCAGGGUUUUGGUCGUGUUUCAAGUUUUUAUUGUCAUGUGUGUGUCAUGGCUAUCUUCAAAACUUUUUUAUCACUGAGAACAACUUAUUCAUUUCAAAAGUAUUUGGACAUCCACAGCAGUUACUGUAUGAGCGGCUUUUGGAAAUGUACAAUCUAGGGAUUGCUUGCUUAUCACAUUGCCACUCAAUCAGAGACAUGUUAACUCGAGCAAUUUGUAAAAGGCAAUAUGUAUUAAGUACCACCGAAUCUGAUAUCAUACCUGAAAUCAACAUCGAUUGUGAGCUUUUCGAUGAACUUGAUAGUAAUGAUAUAUUAGCGAUGCCAUUUUCGAAUGCCGGACAUUGUUUCACGACUCUGCGUUCUACAGUCAAGUACUUACAUGCCCCUAACCUAAAUGCAAGACAGCGUGCUACUCUCAGGAAAUAUAUAUCAACAAUCCUUAGAUGUACGGUUUUUCAUUUAUACAAAUCAUCCAACAACAUUAACAACAAAAGCAGAUUAAGAAUUAUAAAUGCUUGCUUGAAAAUGCUAAAAAUUAGUGCAAAAAUGGGAUUUAUUUCAGAUAAGAUUUAUUUUGCUCUACUUUUACAUUCAGUCGGUAAUAAUAUGAAUGCAAUUAAAUAUCUCGGAACCAUAAAAGAGAUGAUUAUACAGCCUUAUAUCGUUUAUGAUCGUAUAGUACAUAUAAAUUGUUAUAAUGAGGAGAUGGGAGGGCUGCCACUUAUUGAGAGAAUGAGGAAAGCUGUAGCCGUGGAUAUUGACCUACGUAUGAUUAUGAUAAAAGAAUUAGAAUUUGAAUUCAGUUUGGCAGCACGAAAUUUUAUUGACGUACCCCCAUAUGUCAUGAUACUGAUGUUGUUAGUGUUGUGUUAUCGUGGUAACCUACAAAAACAACAAGAAGCUCUAGAUGAACUAUAUUCUCUCCUCCAUUCUGACGAGGGGCGUCAUAUUAAGACAAUCUUAAGAGGUAUAUCAUGGCAGAUUCUUGGGAUCUGUCAAGAGAUCUGUGGAGAUUAUCAGGGGGCACUUUUGUCUUAUCAGAACUCUCUUAAAGAAGAACAACACCAUAAUUUACAGGAAGCAACGUAUCUUAGAAUACAAGAUGUUCAGUGUAGACAAGCAAUCGGAUAAAAUGUUUCUUAACUUGAUUAACGAAUAAAGUAAAAUUCAUAUUAUGUUUAUUCAAAUAUGUUUAUGCAAGUUGUUUUCUUACAAAUGUGUUGUCAUGUUUACCUUGCUGAAGUAUGUUUGAUGUAAUAUGUUUUUUAAUCAAUUCAGAUACAUGUACAUCAAGAUUCAUUGCUAUUCUCAUUCUGAUCAUGGAUUUCUGCGCAUAACUUGCAACACUCAUUUAUCGAACUUUAAUUGCAAACUAUUUACAAAUAUGUAUGUGUAUAAAUAUGUGUGUAUACGCUUAAAAAAUAGUUAUAAUUUGCAUCGUAAUAUUU